AAAUUCGCACGUGUUGUUUUCGUGGACGUCUGACUCAAGUGUGAUUUUUCCGUUCCAGAGUAUAGCGUAAAAAAACCCACAUCGAUAAAGAUGGGGAAGAAACUCAAAGUAGGGAAAACCAGAAAGGAUAAAUUUUACCAUUUGGCUAAAGAAACAGGUUAUCGCUCUCGUUCUUCCUUCAAGCUCAUCCAGCUCAACCGUAAAUUUCAGUUUCUACAGAAAGCCAGAGCUUUGGUCGACCUGUGUGCUGCUCCUGGUGGAUGGUUGCAGGUGGCGACCAAGUUUAUGCCUGUGUCAAGUCUCAUUAUUGGUGUUGACCUGGUGCCCAUCAGGCCCAUCCCCAAUGUGGUGGCACUGCAAGAAGACAUCACCAGUGACAAAUGCAGACAGGCCAUAAAAAAGGAACUGCAGACAUGGAAGGUCGACGUUGUGUUAAAUGACGGAGCCCCGAAUGUGGGAGCCAACUGGCAACAUGAUGCCUUCACACAAGCUCAUUUGACCCUCAUGGCCAUGAAGUUGGCCUGUGAGUUUCUGACCAAAGGGGGCACUUUCGUCACCAAGGUCUUCCGCUCCAAAGACUAUCAGCCACUGCUCUGGAUCUUCCAGCAGUUCUUCAAGAAGGUGCAGGCCACCAAGCCGCAGGCGUCUAGGAACGAAUCCGCCGAGAUCUUUGUCGUCUGUCAGGGUUUUCUCGCCCCAGACAAAGUCGACAGUAGGUUUUUUGACCCCAAACAUGCGUUCAAAGAGGUGGAGGUGCAGGCCAAAACUGUGAAGGAGCUGAUUCCUGUCAAGAAGCCAAAGGCGGAGGGAUACAAAGAUGGUGAUCUCACACUCUACUACACUUUCACAGUGACGUCCUUUCUGAAAGCAGACAAUGCCAUAGACUUCCUGGACAAAGCCAGUGAGAUCACCUUUGACAACCCAGACCUGGAGUGUCACCCAGCCACCAGUGAUGAGAUAAAGGAGUGUUGUCGUGACAUCAAAGUCUUGGGCCGCAAAGAGCUCCGCAUGCUGCUGACCUGGAGGUCCAAGCUGAGGAAGUUCCUGGCCAAAAAACUGAAGGGGGAGGCCGAACUGCGUGACCCAGAGAUCAACUUAAGUUCUGAUGAAGAAAAGGAGGAUUUAGAGGAAGAACCAGACAAAAAGAAAAAGAAGGCGGGAGAAGAAGAGUCAGAUGACGAGGAAGAGAUGGAGAAGAAACUGGCAGAACUGAAAGCUGAGGAGGUGGCUGAGCUCAAACGGAAGAAGAAGAAGCUGCUGAAGGAGCGGAGGAAGCUGAGGGAGAGGGUUGAGCUGAAGAUGGACCUGCCUGGCGUCUCCAUAGCAGAUUCCCACGACUCAUCCAUGUUCUCCCUCAGCGGCAUAAAGAAGAAAACGGCCCUGGCUGAUUUAUCCAAAGGGGACAUGCAGCUGGCAGAGGGCCUGGUAGAUGAAGGUGACGACCUCCACCUGUCGGACGAAGAGGAUGACGAGGCGGAUAAAAUGUCCCUGGCCUCUGAUUUAGAUGAUGACGAACUGGAAGAGGUGGAGCAUAGACAGAAAGAGCUGGAGAUGAAGGCUCAAAAGAAGAAAGUAAAGUUCGUUAAAGAAGAGGAGGAAGAUGAAGGGCAGGAUAGUGGCUUGCUGGUGGAACUGGAGGGAAAGGAUGAGAAGAAGGAACGAGAGACCAACCUGUGGUUCAGCAAGGGCAUAUUCUCUGAGAUCGGCCUGGAAGGAGAUGCAGAGAGUGAACUCCAACAGACUGAGUUUCUUCAGAACAAAAAAAACAGUAAAAAGAGGAAAGCUGAGGAGGAGGAGGAGGAGGAGGAGGUAAAGCAGGAAGAGAAGGAUGCUGCGCCAGAGGAGGAAAAGGCACCUUCAAAGAAAGCUGAGGAGGAAAGUGGCAGCGACUCCGAUGACAGCAGCGAUGAUGAGAAGGAGAUUACCAAGAUGAAGCAGGCCAGUGAAGGGGCUGGUGGGAUGCCAAGAGAGACCAAUGACCGUGACUUCCAGGUUGUUCCUGUAGAAAGCACCAGUAAGAGAGCCAGGAUCCUGAAUGCAGAGGGUCUGGCCCUGGGCUGUCAGAUUGCCACGUCUAAGAAGAGAACCAGGGACCUGAUGGACGGCUCCUUUCACAGGUUUGCUAGCUCCGAGGAGCAGUGGGAGGUCCCGGAGUGGUUCCUGACUGACGAACAGAAACACCGGAAGAGGCCGGUGCCAGUCACCAAGGAGAUGGUGGAGGAGUACAAACAGAAAUGGAAGGAGAUCGAUGCCAGACCCAUCAAACGAGUUGCUGAGGCCAAGGCCAGGAAGAAGAGGAAGAUGCUGAAGAAGAUGGAUCAGGCCAAGAAGAAAGCAGAAGCAGUGGUCGACACAGUGGACAUCUCUGAGAAGGAGAAAAAUGCUCAGCUGAGGAGUAUCUACAAGAAAGCAGGCCUGGGGAAGGAGAAGAGAGAAGUGACAUAUGUUGUGACCAAGAAGGGAGCGGGCAGGAAGGUGAGGCGGCCCGCCGGCGUCAAGGGAGCCUUUAAAGUGGUGGACGGUCGCAUGAAGAAAGACAUGCGGGGGAUGCAGAGGAAAGAGCAACGCGCUAAAGGGGGCAAAGGAAAAGGAGGACCGGCAAAGGGUGGCAGAGGAGGGAUGAAGGGCAGUAAAGGGCGAAAAGGAAAAUAAAUUUAAAGCCGUAGUGCUCUCACAGUCUUGCCUUUCUCACUAUUAAACACUGCCUGGCCUCAUGUUGCAGGUCAGCAUUUAUGGAGCUUCGUGAGCUACGAUGCCUCCCACAGGCUCCUCUAUCGUGUACAGAGGCUAAAAUGACUUGUCAUUCACAUGAUGCCCUCCUUUUAGCAUUUUUUGCUGAGGUUCCUGAAGCUCCUUGAGAUAUGUUCUGUGGUAUUUAAAGGCUGGUGUUCUGGCAUGUCUUUCUAAAGAUGUAGAUCAUUUGUCUUGAACUCUGUGAACAAAGUGGUUUCACUGAACAGCUCAACUGUAAAUGGCAGAAUCUCAAGUAAAACCUAGUAAACAGGUGAAUAAAUGUUGCUAUUAAUGUAAAUAUUCUAUACACAUUUUUGCAAUAAAAAUUGUCGGAUGUUUCA